GUCUCUUCAUCUUCUUCCUCUUGCUUCUGUAGUCGCACAACCUAUCCUCUCUCCCUCCCUCUCGCUUCUGGAGCAAUGACCAGCCACCGCCCUUCCGCCCUUCCUCUCCGCCUCGUCCUCGUCAUCUUCCUCGUCUCCAUCUCCGCCGUCCGCUCCCGCUCCGUCCGGCUCUCCGAUCCGGUCUCCGACGGCCUCAGCAAGGCGCUCGGCCGCAGGUCCCCGCUCUAUCUCCCGUCCUCGGCUGCCUCGUCCGACUCCUGCGAUGAGACGUACGGCUUCAUGCCCUGCACGACCACUUGGAUCGGCAACUUGUUCCUGAUUCUGGUCUACAUCUACUUGAUGUACACGGCCGCGACGUGUCUCUCGCGCGGCAGCCAGAUGUUGCUGGAGAUUCUAGGGCCGGGGCUUAUCGGUGGGCUCGUGUUGCCGAUGCUCGGGGCAAUACCCAAUGCCUUGCUCAUUCUCGUAUCUGGACUGUCUGGAAGCACAGAAACUGCACAAAGUCAAGUCUCCAUAGGAAUGGACUUGCUCGCGGGUUCAACUGUGAUGCUUCUAACUGUCAUAUGGGGUUCAUGUGUUCUUGUUGGCAAGUGUGACCUGCGUGCUUCAGAUUCAACUGCAGAGGAUAAAACGGAUACCAAAGGGUUUAGUUUGACAGGUUCUGGUAUUACCAUCGAUAAGUUAACAAGAAGGGCGGCAUGGAUCAUGGUUAUCUCAGUUAUUCCAUUCCUUGUUAUUCAACUUCUUCAACUUCUCAAUUCAACAUCAGGAAGGCAUGUGGCAGUCUUGAUAGCACUGAUUUUGUCUGUGGUUCUACUUAUCUCUUACUGCAGCCUAUAUCAGGUGUUCCAGCGUCAGAUCCAAGUGAGGAGACUGAAGUACUGGGAGAAGAGGCGUGUUAUAUUUGGAUUCUUAGGACAUGUAAAAAAGCAUGCCAUUGGAAGGCUUAUGAAGGGUGAUGGUGAAGUUGACACAGAAAUUAUGGAGAAGAUAUUCAAAACCAUUGACACAAAUAAUGAUGACCAACUCACUGCUAGCGAACUAAAAGCAUUUGUAAUAGGAAUCCGUUUUGAAGAAAUCGAUCUGGAUGCGAAUGAUGCUGAUAAAAUCAUGGCAGCAUUUGAUACCUCUCAUGAUAAUCGUCUUUCAUAUGAUGAGUUCAGAAAGGGUAUUGAAAAAUGUCUAAAGAAGGCGGUGCGUUCAGGAAAAGGUUCCAAUCUCAAAAAUGUUGUUGACACAAUGAAGAUUAUUGAUCACACCGGCCAUCAAGCAAAAAAAGAGCACGAGCAAUUGUUAGAGGGGGAACAAAGCGAUGUGGUGGUUGAGAUUGUUGAAAAUGUUAAAAUGACCUCCUUAAAAGCAGUGGGGUUGUUAAUUCUUGGAACGGUCAUAGCAGCAGCAUUUGCUGAUCCCUUGGUAGAUGCGGUCGACUAUUUCUCAGAUGCUACCGGUAUCCCCACUUUCUUCAUUUCGUUUAUUGUACUGCCUUUGGCUACCAACUCCAGUGAAGCAGUGUCGGCAAUAAUCUUUGCUAGUCGUAAAAAGCAGGAGACAGCAUCACUGACAUUCUCUGAGUUAUAUGGGGCAGUGACCGUGAACAAUUUGCUUUGCUUAGCAGUCUUCCUGGCUCUUGUCUACAUCAGAGGACUAACAUGGGACUUCACAUCAGAAGUGAUUGUUAUUCUUAUUGUUUGCAUUGUGAUGGGAAUAUUUGCCAGCUUCCGCACCACCUUUCCUUUGUGGACAGUGUCAGUAGCCUUCAUACUCUAUCCUUUCUCCUUGGCGCUGGUGUACGUACUUGACUAUGUCUUGGGUUGGUCGUAGAUUUGUUCUCAGGGUACCUCAUGGGGAUGCCACAGCUUUCUGUCAUAUUCCCUAUUUGACUUUCUUAUGUUCAUCUUUUGGAGUAAGAUUGCAUUCGGAUUUAUUCCAUAGCUGUAGUAAUCUGAGAAGCAAUGUUUUGUAGUGAAAGGAUUAAUAAUUUUGCCAUGCUGCUGAGAUGUGGAAUGAAACAUUCUGUUUGUGGAAUUA